AUGUCUUUAUCAUAUUUCAUUCUCAGACACACAUUUGAGAAGGCAAGGAUCCCCUGCAACUGCAGGCCCAUUUACAACGCUGCACCAUCCUCAACAUUUGUUUCUGUUCAUCAUGCCCCAUUUUUCAACCAAGCUCCUUCAGUUUUCUCCUCACUCUUGCAUCAAUUCUCGAACACCCUUAUCCAUGUCAAGUCCAUCCACGCGCAGAUUAUCAAGAAUUGGGUAUCCACGGAAAGCUUUCUGGCCGCAAAACUCAUCAGGGUCUACUCUGAUUUGGGUUUUCUUGGCCAUGCCCGCAAUGUGUUUGAUCAAUGUUCUCUACCGGAAACCGCCGUUUGCAAUGCCAUGAUUGCCGGGUUCUUGAGGAACCAGCAACACAUGGAGGUUCCCAGGUUGUUCAGAAUGAUGGGGUCUUGUGAUAUAGAAAUCAAUAGUUAUACGUGUAUGUUUGCUCUGAAGGCCUGCACCGACUUGUUGGAUGAUGAGGUUGGCAUGGAAAUUAUUAGGGCAGCUGUUAGAAGGGGGUUUCAUUUGCAUCUCUAUGUCGGUAGUUCAAUGGUUAAUUUUUUGGUUAAGCGUGGUUAUCUUGCUGACGCGCAAAAAGUCUUUGAUGCGAUGCCAGAAAAGGAUGUUGUAUGCUGGAAUUCGAUCAUUGGCGGUUAUGUCCAGAAGGGCCUCUUCUGGGAGUCAAUUCAAAUGUUUCUUGAGAUGAUUGGUGGUGGCUUAAGGCCGAGUCCAGUGACAAUGGCGAACUUACUCAAAGCGUGUGGACAGAGUGGACUUAAAAAAGUUGGAAUGUGUGCUCACAGUUAUGUCCUUGCGUUAGGCAUGGGCAAUGAUGUGUUUGUGCUUACUUCGUUGGUUGAUAUGUAUAGUAAUUUAGGUGACACUGGCAGUGCUGCUUUGGUUUUUGAUAGCAUGUGCAGUAGAAGUUUGAUUUCAUGGAAUGCUAUGAUUUCAGGUUAUGUUCAAAAUGGUAUGAUACCUGAAUCUUAUGCACUCUUUCGUAGACUAGUCCAAAGUGGUUCUGGGUUUGAUUCUGGAACUUUGGUGAGCCUUAUUCGAGGAUGUUCUCAAACAUCUGACUUGGAAAAUGGAAGAAUCCUCCAUUCUUGUAUCAUUAGAAAAGAACUUGAAUCGCAUCUAGUUUUGUCCACUGCAAUUGUUGACAUGUAUUCUAAAUGUGGUGCUAUAAAGCAGGCAACUAUUGUUUUUGGAAGAAUGGGAAAAAAAAAUGUAAUUACAUGGACUGCUAUGCUGGUUGGUUUGUCACAAAAUGGCUAUGCAGAGGAUGCCCUCAAAUUAUUUUGUCAAAUGCAAGAAGAAAAAGUGGCUGCCAAUUCUGUUACUCUUGUUAGUCUUGUGCACUGUUGUGCCCACCUAGGAUCUCUCACUAAAGGAAGGACUGUCCAUGCUCAUUUUAUCCGACAUGGCUAUGCAUUUGAUGCAGUUAUUACAUCAGCAUUGAUUGAUAUGUAUGCCAAGUGUGGUAAAAUUCACUCUGCUGAGAAGCUAUUCAACAAUGAAUUCCAUUUAAAAGAUGUUAUACUCUGUAACUCUAUGAUUAUGGGUUAUGGAAUGCAUGGUCACGGGCGUUAUGCUCUAGGUGUCUACAGUAGAAUGAUAGAGGAAAGGCUCAAGCCAAAUCAAACUACAUUUGUUUCUCUGCUAACAGCUUGCAGUCACUCAGGCCUUGUUGAAGAGGGCAAGGCUUUGUUCCACAGCAUGGAAAGGGAUCAUGACGUUAGGCCUCAGCACAAACACUAUGCUUGUCUUGUAGAUCUUCAUAGUCGAGCCGGCCGCCUCGAGGAAGCGGAUGAAUUGGUGAAACAAAUGCCCUUCCAACCCAGCACAGAUGUGCUUGAAGCUUUGCUCAGUGGUUGCAGAACCCAUAAGAAUACUAACAUGGGGAUACAAAUAGCAGAUAGAUUAAUUUCCUUAGAUUACUUGAACUCAGGAAUUUAUGUCAUGCUAUCAAAUAUAUAUGCUGAAGCAAGAAAAUGGGAAUCAGUGAACUACAUAAGAGGCCUCAUGAGGAUGCAGGGCAUGAAGAAAAUACCUGGUUAUAGUUUGAUUGAAGUAGGGAACAAGGUAUACACAUUUUUUGCUAGUGAUGAUUCACAUCCUUCUUGGGCAGAUAUUUAUCAAUUAUUAGAAAAUUUAAGGCUUGAGGUGGAGGCAGAAGGUUAUAUUCCUGAUACUAGUUGUGUUCUUCGUGAUGUAAAUGAGCCAAUGAAGGUUAAGUUGCUCUGGGGACAUAGUGAGAGACUAGCCAUUGCAUUUGGUCUUUUAAGCACACCUUGUGGAAGCUUGAUUAAGAUCACCAAAAAUCUUCGUGUGUGUGUUGACUGUCAUAAUGUAACCAAAUACAUAUCAAAAAUAGUUCAGAGGGAAAUUAUUGUCAGGGAUGCUAAUCGUUUCCAUCACUUUGUUAAUGGGAAAUGCUCAUGCAAUGAUUUCUGGUAA